AUGAAUUGGAGCCGAAUAUUUGGAAAAUCUAAAAAUGAUAAUGGCGGCGGUAGUCAAAAACGAGCGAGUAAUGGUCGUCGACAACAGAGUGAAACAGCACAAGAAAUAAUAAAAUUUCAUAAUCAAGAAGAUCUUUUAAAUAAAAAAAUUGAUCAUCUUCAAGAACAAGUUGAUUCACAUCGUGAAAAAGCAAAAGAAUGUACGCGUAUACACAAUAGAAUUCGAGCUCUUACACAUAUGAGAAAAGCAAAAGUGCUCGAAUCACAAAUUGAAAAAUUUCAAGGCAUGUUAGCUAAUUUAGAAAUAACACGAGGGGGUCUAGAACAAAUGGAUAUAACUAAAAGUGUUUUUGACCAAAUGGCUUCAGGAAAAAGCAAAUUAGCUGCUAUAAAUAAACGAUUGGAUAUUUCAAAAGUAGAAGGUGAGAUGGAUGGUAUAUCAGAGUUAAUACUAUCACAAAAAGAUGUUACUGAUAUAAUGGCUAAUCCAAUAAUAAUAUCCGGUGUGUCGGAUAUGGAGUUAAAUGAUGAAUUGAAUAAAUUGGAUAAGGAGAUAGAAAAAGAAAGUUUUUCUAAAAUAUCAGAUCUACCAAAUAUACCUCAACAAUAUGAACGAGAACAUUCAACAGCAAUAGAAACUGGAAUGGGUGCACAAAACCGAAUGAACAAUAAAGGAUUAUAUGAACUAGAGAACUUUGCAGCAGGAUUGUAG